AGCAGCAGCUUCCUUUGUAGUGGUCCCCUCUGUCCGGCACACUGAAGCACGGAUGUGGUUAUGCACCGUUUGAAACAGGAAACAGCACCGCAACCUUUAUGCGCUUUCAUCAAGCCCUCUUACUUUUGUCUCCAGGCUGCUUGUUCAGAAUGGCCGCACUCUGAAGUUUAAGAUUCUCUUUGAUGCGAGGAUGAUAAAAUAAAUCUGAAAAAUAAAUCUUACUUCCUGAAGGCAUGGUCGAAAUCACAAAUCAGCAAGGAGCCGUCCUUGCCUUUGUGUCUCUGGCCACACUCGGGUUAGUGUCUGCCAUCUGCUUGGGCUGCAGAAAAAAAUCCAAGAUAGUUCAGGAGGAUAACCAGCUUUAUAUUCCACAAAUAUUUCAGCGAGAGGGGAGCAGAUUCGCUGUGACACGAUCAAAAACAGUGACCAGGCCUAACCAGAUAACCUCAGAUCAGUCUCCGAGCUUCGGGAACACGGGUCAUGCGUCUCACAUCCAACCACAGGCAGCAGUUCAGGACACUCACAGCAGUUACCAGAACCUUCCCAACUCAAUUUGCGGCAGUCUAGAACCAGCUUAUAUAAAUCCAAUUCCAACCCCACCAAGCAAAGACCUGCCAGACGAGCUGAUGGACAUCGAUGCUGGUGCAUAUGAGAACGUCUUCCCUGCAAAAUAUAUUGACCAUGACUCUGACAGCUACGAUUAUGAAAACGCACAGUAUCUGCAGAACAACGAUGACGAUGAACCUGAUUAUGAAAAUACUAAUCCCCUUGUUCAUCAUGAAAACAUGAGUUAAAAUGUUAAUUUAUUUCAGUACCUCGAAGCAAUUAAAGUAUAAUUUUAGCUAAAGCUAGUGAUACCAACUAUAUCUGUAUUUUCUUAUUAGGUGGUUUUAUGGAGUGUUACUGUGAAUUCAUGUUUUUUUUGUGUGAAAUGAUGUAACAAAAUGUAGAUUUUAUUUGUUGUUAUUUUAUCUGUUGUUACAAGCAAUUAUUAUAUUAUUAUUAUUAUUAUUAUUAUUAUUGUUUGUCAUAUUACUGUGUCACUACACAGGAAAUAAAACUGUCCUCACUA